AUGGCCCGCUUUGUGUUCGACCUCGAAAUCUGGGGCAAACACUCAGUUCCGGAGGAGAUGAGACUCGCCUCUGCCUCUGAGAGCGCUUUCAAGGAUCAGCCCGGCUCCGAUCGAGCUAUGCUGCGCCGCUAUGCUGCCUCGGUAAUGACGGAGACUCCAGCCUUGCGCUAUCUCCUGGAGAGAGGCGCGAAGAACAAUGGAAAUCUCCAGCGAGGCCACUGCGGAGAAGGGCUGUGUGAGUGUUUGCCACCCUUCCGCGGACCACUCUGCGAACUGGAGGACCCCCCUCGUGUACAGCAGAAGCUGCGGGCAGUGAUCCACUACAUCACUGCAGAGACAGAUCUGCACUCAGACUCAGACGGGCAAGAAGCAAGAUGUGUUUCUGCAGAAGUCAAAAGGGGCCUUCUUAGGAAGCUGUGCGAACUGCUCCCUGCUCUGGCCCAGGAGCGCGACCUGCAAGACCUGGAGCGUUCGCUCACGAGCUUGUGGAUCCACUUCAACAAAGGCCCGAAUCUCCGAGUAGAGCUUGCUCAAGACAUAUUGCCCCCAGCCAUAGACCGAGCUUGUUUGAUUCUCGUGCCCACAAGGUCCGUCAGAACGUCACACAUGUGA